AUGCAUCUUUUGUCCUGGAAUAUUAGAGGUUUGGGGAGUGAGGUUAAAAGGAGGAAAAUCAGGAAAGUUCUUAAAGAUGAAAAGGUAGACAUGGUGUUUUUUCAAGAAACUAAGAGAGAGGUCAUCAAUUCUGAUAUGGAUAGUUGUUGUUCUAGGAAUUUUAUUGUGGUAACUGGUAAAGUUAAAUCUGGUUUUGAUGGUGUGCUAGUCAAUCUUUAUGCUCCCAAUGAAUGUUGGGGGUUACCUAGGACGGUUUCUGAUCAUUGUCCUAUUGUUUUGAAGGAGGAUAAUAGGGAUUGGGGUCCUAAACCUUUCCGGUUUAUGAAUUGUUGGGUUCUCCAUUCUGAUUUUCUGCCUAUGGCUGAAAAGCUAAGACUUGCUGAGGAGGAGUUCCAUCAGUUAGACUUAAUAGCCGAGUCUAGAGAAUUAUCAGUUGGUGAGAGUUCCAGAAGAGCUGAGCUGAAGGAGUUAAUUUGGAAAUUAAGUAAGAGGGCUGAGUGGUUUUGGCUUCAAAAAUCCAGACAAGAUUGGGCUCUUAGAGGUGAUAAGAACACAAGGUUUUUCCAUUUGAUAGCUAAGUGCAGACAGAAUAUUAACCUCAUUAAUUCAGUGGUAGUUAAUGGGGUGGUGGUUGAUGAUCCAGCAACAGUAAAACUAGAGGUCUGGAAUCACUUUAAGAGUGCUUUUUCAGAAUCUUGGAAGGUCAGGCCUAGAAUAGGGGGUGUCUUUCAGACCUUAGCUGGUUCCCAAGCUUCUGAUCUGGAAAGGGAGUUCUCAGAGGCUGAGGUGUGGAAUGCUUUGAGGGCCUGUGAUGGGAAUAAGGCCCCUGGGCCAGAUGGUUUUAAUCUUUUGGCUAUUAGGAAGUGUUGGAAUUUUAUGAAAGGGGGUAUCAUAUUAUUUUUUAAUGAGUUUUAUGCUUAUGGGAAGCUGGCCUCCGGCCUUAUAUCUUCUUUUAUUGCUCUUAUUCCUAAGUGUGAUAAUCCUUGUAGCCUCAAUGAGUACAGACCUAUCAGUCUUAUUGGCUCCAUGUACAAGAUUCUAGCCAAGGUACUUUCUAAUAGGCUGAAGUCAGCUAUUCCUUCUAUUAUUAGCCCUACCCAGUCAGCUUUUUUGGGGGAGAGAUUCAUCCUUGAUGGGGUGCUUGUAGCAAACGAGGUGUUGGAUUGGUGGCGGUGUAAAAAGAAGAGAGGUGUGAUUAUUAAAAUCGACUUUGAAAAAGCGUAUGAUUGUGUAAAUUGGAGCUUCUUGCUUAAUAUGAUGGAGAGUUUUGAAUUUGGUCACAAAUGGAGGAGUUGGAUUCAUAGCUAUGUUACUAAUGCUAGAAUUUCUGUCUUAGUCAAUGGCAGCCCUACAAAUGAGUUUAUUGUUGAGCGGGUUCUGAGACAAGGGGAUCCCCUCUCUCCCUUUCUAUUUAAUCUGGUUGUGAAGGGUCUUAAUAUUUUGAUCUUGAGGGCUAGAGAGUUGGGUCUCUUUAAUGGGGCUGUUGUUGGGAAUGAUUUGGUUAAGGUUUCACACCUUCAAUUUGCGGACGACACCAUCUUAUUUUGUGAGGCCAAUCUAGAGGAAAUUCUUUGCAUUAAAAGAUUGCUAAGAUGUUUUGAAGUUGUGUCUGGCCUCAAGAUUAAUUACAGCAAAAAUAUGGCUAUUGGGGUUGGUGUAGAUGAGGUCAGUCUGGACCAAUAUGCUGCUAUUCUCAAUUGCUCUAAAGGUGUGCUUCCUAUUUCUUUUUUGGGUCUUCCUCUGGGUUUACCUGAAGGUGUUGCUAAAGAACUUGAUAGAAUUCAGGCUUCCUUUUUAUGGGCUGGUUCUGAUCUUAAGAAAAAGGUUCAUUUGGUGAAGUGGUCUGAAGUUACUAAAGAAUUGAGAGAUGGUGGUCUUGGUAUUAGAAGGAUUAGAGAUGUGAAUCUGUGUCUUCUGGCUAAGUGGUGGUGGAGGUUUGGGUGUGUGGAGAAGGCUUUGUGGAAAGAAAUUAUCUGCGGCAAAUACAAGUUUGAUCCAAAAUCUUGGUUGCCUUCAACUAAUUCCCAAAUCAGUGGUUCUAGAGUUUGGUCUGACAUUCUGUCAGCAGUUGAUAAAGAGGCAUCUGUCUCUGUUAUUUUGAGUAAGAGGUCUUCUCCUAAUGGGUGGGUGUUUAACUUCAGAAGAAGACUCUAUUCCUGGGAAUCUGUAGAUCUCUCUAAUCUUAUUUUAUUGCUCAAUUCUGGCCCAGUGUUAAGAUCUGGUGUAGAGGACAAAUUGGUGUGGACUUUUGGUGCCUCAGAGAGAGGCAGACUCAAAACUUCUGUGCUUCUUCAGAAUAUUGGAGCUCUUGAUCCCAGUGGUCCCUCUCUUUGUUGCUUUUGUAACUCAUGUGCUGAAGAUGUGUGUCAUGUUCUUCUUUACUGUCAAUUUGCUUGGCAAAUCUGGUCUGACUUGGUAAAAUGGUGGAGUUUGGUGUGGGUUAUGCCUGAUAAUGUAUCUCAGCUUUUGGAUUGGUGGAGUGGCUUUAAAUUUAAGAAAGUGCUUCAGAGUAUGUGGGAUGCACUGCCAUCUGUGGUUAUGUGGUUUGUGUGGAAGGCUAGGAAUGAGAUCAGAUGUGCUGGUUCUGGGGCUAACUGGUGUGAAGUUUGGGGUUUUGAAUUGUGGCUCUGCUACUGCUGUCUGGUGGGUGCUAGUGCUGUCGCUGUGUUGGUUUGCUGGGUUCUGCUUCUGCUGUUCUGUGGCAUUCUGUGGGGUGAUCUAUUGCUUGUUACUGCCUUGCUGAGUUGCUUUGCUGCUGCUGUUUUGUGCUGCUGGUGCGUGGCUCUGUGCUGCUACUGUGUUGGUUGGGAUGUAGCUGUUGGCAUGCGUUCGGGUGAUUUUAGUGUGUCCUUCAGUUGCAGUUUGCUUCAGCUGUUUUUAGUUCCCUAA